UUUUGGUUGUUUUUGUCAAAGAUAUACAGACACAAAAGAAAAUGCAGGCAGAGGUGAAAAAAACCCUCAUAAUAAAUGUCAUUUGAGAGGCGCGUCUGGCCUGUUCCUUCUUGUGCUGGAAUGCUUUUGCGUCGCAAUUCGUCAGAAAGUAAACACGCGUUGCUGUUUUCAACUCUCUGUUGAUGUCGACAAACUUCCACUUCUUUAACGGAUAAAUUUACUCAACUUAGUUAUUUUUUUGUUUUAGUUUUUUUCCUGAGGUAAACUCAAUUCCUUCGUGCUCUCUUCCGCGUGUGGAGCGCGCGCCUCUGACGGGAAGCUCUCCCUGGGUGCGUUUCCAGCUGCUGACUUCAUCCGAAUGAGGAAGACUUUUGACUGUGACGCGAUCCCUACGUCCAGCCGUCGAGCUCGAGGAGAACGGAGGGUUUUUUCUUUUAUUCUGACCAAAAACAUGAACGGGAUGGCGUAUUUGACAAUCUGGAAACAGUCGUUCCACCUCCAUGGAUCCAUACUUGUCGCGCAGAGAAAAGGAAACACUCUAGUGUUGUUUUCUGCGCCAUGGCUGUUCUUUUUCCUGCUUCUCACGGGGCAGUUUGCUCUCACUUUCGGUGGAGGCGAGAAUGACGCGGAGGUUAACUUUGACUGCACCAACGACUUUACAGAGAUGUUUUGUCAGUUUGAGCAACAACACUCAAACUGCACUGAUCACAAUGUGACUUUUGUCCUGAUUGAUUACAGCGAAACCACUGAGAAUGGAUGCACUUUACAGCAAUGUGACAAGAAUCAGUGUUGCUGUUCUUUGAAUAUGUUGUUUGUGUACGGAGAGAAUCACAAUGCAAGUUUGUGGAGAGGUGAUAGAAGGGUUGCAUCUAAAACCAUCAGUGUAAAUGACAGCUUCAAGCCUAAAACUCCUACAAUUGUCAACGUGACUGAAACCAAUGGAAAUUUUGCAGUCAAGUGGAAGACAAACAUGGAAGGAGUGAGAGAUGAGUUGACUGCAGAGGUGACCUACCACAAAAAAGGAGACCCAGAGAAGGUCAUUUUACCAUUAAAACCACCAAUGGUUGAUGGAUACCAGUACUAUGAAAUAAGUGGAGGGAAUUUGUCACUGGGAGCAACAUAUGUGGUCAGUGUUAGAAGUGUAUCAGAGUGGAACAAAAGGCAGAGUGACAGCAGUGCAGAGUGGGAAUUCAAGACCCCCACUUCCCAUUUUGCACAGGACGUUGUCAUCAUAGUCAUCCUUAGUGUUGUUGCAGUCUUCAUGAGCGCUGCUGCCUAUAUUGGUUUUUCACGGAUUAAAACCAAGUGGUGGGACAAAUAUUCUGACCUAAAACUUCCCACCGUUUAUUCAUCCAAGAAAAAGAUUUUGGAGCCUUCAGAUCCCAGAAGUAACCCAGUAUCUGUGGAGCACCGCAUUUUGGAUGGUGGCAAACAGUUGUCAGAACGGCAGUUCACAGGCAGCGAAGAAAGUGAUGGGAGCAGCCAAGACAGCAGUGGAAUCAGUGAUUGCUCCUCACACCCGAGUUAUGCGGAAACUGUUCAGCCCGAUUGUAGAACUUUACGACAAGAGGCUUUGGAAAAAUUCUUUCCAAAUGUGAGACCUGUUAGUCCUGUAACUAAUAGGGACCUUAGUGAGGUCUUUAAUGUCCAUUUAUGUGGUGUAACUGGUGCUCAUGAUAGUUCUGGAUCAUCUGGUGUAAUCAAUCCUACCUAUUGCCCAGGUAUGUCUGGAAGUCCUGAUCAGUUCAUGCCAGACCAGCCUAGGGUCUUAGAGAGUGAGCCUUCAUAUGAUACCACAAAGUGUGACACCUUGACCAAUUCCAGUCUGUCUGGCCUUUGCCCAGCCUCGCUAGAUGUCCUGUCACCUAUAUCAAUAGACAUGUCAUAUCAGGGCACUAGUGGUUCACAAAAAAUGUCAGUCAUAGAGGAUUAUAGCCCAUUGUCCCUCUCUAGUGGGACUUGCACAACCCCGCCUUUAGAGCCUGAAUCCAGAAAUGAUGCUGACUCAGAGAAUCCAAAGCUGUCCUGUGGCUCAGCUUUGCUGGCCAGUAAUGAGGAAACUCAGUGUAACUUACUUAGGGUGGAAAAUGACUACCAACCUAUCCAGAGGCAAGAGUUGAAUUCUUUGCUUUCACCAGAGAACUCAAAGGAAUGCGAAGACAAUUUGGAAAAAUGUUCAGAGAAGUCAAUGAGUUCCAACCCCAGAACGGCGGGGUUUGACUCCUUCCUUCCAGAUUUAAUCAGUGAGAGUGUUCGACGUCAACCUGAGCUCCAAAUACCUUUUUUUUGGUCGCCUCCACAGUCUGGAGACAUAUCUAUACCAAUUAUCACUGAGAGUGGCUAUAAACCAGUGUAGCCUUUAACUUUAUUAUUUAGGGUAAGUCCAAAUUAAGUACAGAAAGCUUUCUGUACACAUACACAAAAGGUCAUGCAUUAUUUCUGUAUUGGUGCAGAAAAGUUACCAGUGUUCUGUAUUUGCUGUUUCAAUGCUGUGCAUGUUAAAGAGAUGUCACUAGAAAUUAUUGAAUGUUGCUGAUGGUUGCUGUUAUGUAAAUUGCUAAUAAAAUGUAUUAUAUGUGGGCUUUUUAAGCUUGUAAAGGUGGAGGCAAAUUAGUCUUGUGUCCCUUUCCUGUGUUUUUCCAAGAAAGCAUUUAAUAAAGGAGGUAUCAGUUCGUCAUCAGAACUAAACCUUUUAGGUUUAUGGAGUUCUGUGACACACUAGAGCAACCCAGACAGACGUGCUUCUCUACUGAAAUUGCUUCCUCAUUGCUUUUUCUCUGGAGCUAUUGACACAGUUCCAAAGAAUUUUGCGUCAUCCUCAACCACCAUGUUUCCCUUAUCACAACAGAUAUGCUUCAGUCAUGUUGUUGACUGAAUGUUGCAUUUAAAGCUCAUCACUUGUAAAAAUAAACAAAAUAAAAUAAAAAGUCUUCAAAUAAAAGUUAAAAAAAACA